AUGUUCACAGAGGCUGUUGGGGGCAGAAAAAUGGUUGCACAUGUGGCCAAUGGCAUUGUGCAGGCACUUGGGGCAGCAGUUGUUGCCCUUCAAACAGCCCUAUCUCCACCAAGACUGAUGGUGCUGCAGGGCCGCAAGACCUGGCUGACUGCAGACCUGUCUGGGUCUGCUUUUAUGUAUCUGUGUUUCCUCAUAGAGAGUCGCUCUGCAGGAAGCAGACGCUACAGACUGGCUGCAGUGGGUCUGGGUCUGCUGUGUGCUCUCCUGCUGACUGCCAUCACAGUGCUGUGGAUCCAGUUCAACCACCUGACUGCAGAGAGAGACCAGUUACAGGCAGAGAGAGACCAGUUACAGACCAGUUACACCAACCUGACUGCAGAGAGAGACCAGUUACAGACCAGUUACACCAAGCUGACUGCAGAGAGAGACCAGUUACAGACCAGUUACACCAACCUGACUGCAGAGAGAGACGGGCUCCAAAGAAGUUACACCAACCUGACUGCAGAGAGAGACCAGUUACAGACCAGUUACACCAACCUGACUGCAGAGAGAGACCAGUUACAAGCAGAGAGAGACGGGCUCCAGAGGAGGUCAGCUAGAGACGGGUGGAUCUACUUUAACUCCAGUCUUUACUACGUCUCUACUGAGAAGAGCUGGACUGAGAGCAGAAACGACUGCAGAAAGAGAGGAUCAGACCUGGUGAUCAUCAACAGCAGAGAAGAUAAAGCAGCUAGAGACGUGUGGAUCUACUUCAGCUCCAGUCUUUACUACGUCUCUACUGAGAAGAAGAACUGGACUGAGAGCAGAAACGACUGCAAAAAGAGAGGAUCAGACCUGGUGAUCAUCAACAGUUCUGGUACCCUGGAGAACCUGGCUUUUCCAGUAACUGUGUUGUAUACGACUAUGGGUCUGAUCCUGUGA